CUUAAUCAAACGCAGAGAAAUCCGACGCUGCGGUUGGUGUCGGCUCCCGACCCCUUUACCUCGGCUUUGCGCGUUCCAUCCUGGGCCCCCAACCUUCUGACCCGUCUCUGACAUUCCAUCUGGUGGUCCGAACGUCCCAGCCCGCUCCGGCCAUGACAGCUCAUUCCUUCGCUGUCCCCGUGAUUAUCUUCACCACCUUCUGGGGCCUUAUCGGCAUCGCCGGGCCCUGGUUCGUGCCCAAGGGGCCCAAUCGCGGGGUAAUCAUCACCAUGUUGGUCACCACUGCUGUCUGCUGUUACCUGUUCUGGCUGAUUGCCAUCCUGGCUCAGCUGAAUCCUCUGUUUGGGCCCCAGCUGAAGAAUGAGACCAUCUGGUAUGUCCGAUUCCUGUGGGAGUGACCAACCGCCAUCACCUGUCCCAGGUACCAGGCUUCUCCAACCCUCUUGCUCUUCUGUUGAUUUCAGGCCCAAUCAACCCUGAUGGCCUCCCCACUUCUGCAUCCCUGUGUUCUUGGUAUCGCUCUUUUGUCUCUUCAGCUUGGUCACUCUGAGACCCAGACCUUCCCACUGGAUUUGAUCUGGAGCCUAGCCCAAUUCUAGGAAAUAGCCUCUUUCCUGGGAGACCUGGGCCCCAGGAGAGAGGGGCUCAUAAUCAGCCUGAAGGGAAAACAUUCUUAAUUUUUAGCACUCCCUCUUUUCUUCUCCAGUUACACUUAGCCCUCUCCUGAAUAUGUGAUGUUUCUUUCUGCAAAUGUGACUGAGUGCAGAGACUUGUCCUAACCCAAGGAUGGGUCCCUGUUGAGUGAGUCCAGUAUUCCUAGGGCUUGGGAUUGAAUUUUUUGGAUAGGAGGCAGUGUAGUUUAGAGAGAAUUUUGGAGACCUGGAAUCUCCCUGCACAAGUCAUAACC